AUGGCUGGGCCAGGGGUAACUUUUAAAUCACCGUCGAAAGUAAUGGUUACAGAACCUACUACAAUGUUAUCUCCAGCUGGGGAUGGAUGGAAGGCUCAGGAAGAAUUUGAAAAGCAGAAACUCGGUCAUAGGAGGAUUGAUCGACAAGGCGAAGUGAGUUAUAAACGAGUGCCUACAAAUGCAUUGAUGGGAGCUAUUCAGUUGGGAAUUGCGAAUUCUAUUGGGUCAUUAGCAUCGAAACCUAAACGAGAUUUGUUGCUACAAGAUUUUGAUGUAAUUGAGACUGUUUCAUUUCCACCAGGAGGAUCACAGAUGACUCCAUCACAUGGUUAUGGUGAUUUUAAAUUUCAAACAUAUGCACCAGUCGCAUUUCGUACUUUUAGAGAUCUUUUUUCUAUUAAAGCAGCAGAUUUCUUGCGUUCAAUAUGUACUGAGCCGUUAAAAGAAUUAGCAAAUGCAGGUGCAUCGGGUUCAAUUUUCUAUGUAUCAUCUGAUGAUCAAUUCAUUAUUAAAACAGUCCAACAUAAAGAAGCUGAAUUUUUGCAAAAAUUAUUGCCUGGCUAUUAUAUGAAUUUCAAUCAAAAUCCUCAUACUCUUCUACCAAAAUUUUUUGGGCUUUUCUGUUAUCAGAGUUUGGGUAAAAAUAUUCGACUUCUUGUGAUGAAUAAUUUAUUGCCUCAAUCGAUAACUAUGCAUGAAAAAUAUGAUGUAAAAGGAUCAACAUAUAAGCGAUUAGCAUCGAAGCAUGAGAGAGCUAAACCUAGUCCGACAUUAAAAGAUUUGGAUUUUGUUUCUGAACAUCCGAAAGGACUCAUAUUAGAAGCUUCUGCUUAUGAUGCUCUUAUGAAAACAAUUAGUCGAGAUUGUCUUGUAUUAGAAAGUUUCAAAAUAAUGGAUUAUAGUCUUCUAGUGGGUAUUCAUAAUAUGGCUCUUUUGGAUGGUAAUAUGGUGGAAGAUGAAGGCGAAGGUGUUGAACCUUCUACUUCGACAGCACACAAAGUGAAAAAAUUGAUUCGUUUAAGGAGCAAAUAUUGGGAUUCUGAUACUCAUUAUCCAGAAGGAGUGUUUCAUGCACGAAACCAAAAAGGCGAUAAAUUAUUGCUUUUUCUUGGCAUCAUUGAUAUCUUGCAAAACUAUAGGUUUCUCAAGAAAUUAGAACACACGUGGAAAAGUGUCUUACAUGAUGGGGAUUCUAUAUCUGUUCACAAUCCAACUUUCUAUGCUCAGCGUUUUUUAUCAUUCUUAAAAAGCCAAGUUUUUCGCACAGCUGUUAGUUCUGCUGAUAUAGCUCACAAAGGAGGCCAUGGCAAAUUCAAAUCGAUCGUCCAUUCUUAUCUCGCUUUACGAAGUCCAUCAAAAAGACGUAUAACUCGGCGAAGUAUAACUGAAAAGGACGAAAAAGAUGAAUUGAUUUCUGCAAUUCAUCAAACACGACCUGAUAUUGUGCCAGUAAGUUCAUCGAGAAUGCAAAUAAGGCGGCCUUAUGGGAGAAUCGAGGAAAAACCGCGAGAAAGAAAAAUUGAACGUUUGUUUGCACCAGAUCCAGAUCCAAAACUGGAAGAACUUCACCCCAUGACCCGAUCAUUCUCUGAGGAGGAAACAGUUGUGGGUGUUUCUGAAGUCAAACUUGCAUUUGGUUCGCAUGAACUUGAUUAA